GUUCCCCUGUAAAUUCAAUUCAAUACAUCAUUGCUUAAAGUAGAUUCUUUGCUGGAUUCUUCUAUAUAAGCAUUGCUGAAUCUAUCCGCAACCCCUCCCCCCACCCCCCUUCACGUCUGCUUCCCGGGGCCUAACACACAGAGAAUCUCUGCCGAAUCUCUCUUCUGGGCCGCUGGGAUUUGCAGAAUUCUCCUUCUCUAACCGUGUACCAGCAACCCUUUUCUUCUUGCAGCAUAAGGGGAAAAUUUUGGUUAAAAGAUUGAAUUUUCAUUUUGCAAUCCCCGAGCUGAAGGUUGGAACUUGGGAAAAGGACCAUAAAUUUGAAAACCCAUUUGGGGAAUUGAAUGUUUUGUAGGGCUGAAGGUUGAAAAGAAAGGAAAAGAUCGAAUUUUUGGGUACCCAAUUGGGCAAAUAGUGAUGGCCUUUGUUGCUUCUGAUUCGCAAAAGAAUGGAUAUGGUGGUAGUGGUGGAGGAGGAGGAGGAUUGUUGAAAGGUCUAAUAAGGAGGAAACUGGUUGAUUCUGCUGAGUCAAAGUCUUCAUCUUCUGCUUCUGGUGAACCUUCUUAUCAUCGUCACCAUCAUCAUCAGUUAGCCAAGGCUUUGACCGUUCCUCAUCUCAUUGCCAUAGGAGUUGGUUCAACCAUUGGAGCUGGGGUAUAUAUUCUUGUUGGUACAGUUGCCAGGGAGCAUUCUGGGCCGGCCCUCACUUUUUCCUUCUUAAUAGCUGGUAUAGCAGCUGCCCUUUCUGCCUUCUGCUAUGCUGAGCUUGCUAGUCGCUGUCCGUCAGCUGGAAGUGCCUAUCAUUAUUCAUACAUUUGUGUUGGGGAAGGGGUUGCUUGGCUCAUCGGUUGGGCAUUGAUAUUGGAAUACACCAUUGGAGGCUCUGCAGUUGCUCGUGGCAUAUCCCCUAAUUUGGCAUUGCUCUUUGGAGGUGCAGAUAGGCUCCCUGUUUUUCUUGCCCGUCAAACCAUCCCUGGGCUUAAUAUUGUAGUUGACCCAUGUGCAACAAUUCUAGUUUUUGUUGCCACUGGACUGUUAUGUGUUGGAAUCAGGGAGAGUACACUGGUACAAGGAAUUGUUACUUGUGCAAACAUAUGUGCAAUGAUAUUUGUCAUUGUAGUUGGUGGAUAUUUGGGUUUCAAGACUGGAUGGCCGGGUUAUGAACUUCCUCUUGGGUAUUUCCCUUUUGGGGUUGAUGGAAUGCUUGCUGGAGCUUCCACUGUCUUCUUUUCGUACAUUGGAUUUGAUUCAGUUGCUAGUACAGCUGAAGAGGUUAAAAAUCCUCAAAGAGAUUUGCCAAUGGGGAUUGGCUUCGCACUGUCUAUAUGUUGCAUGCUGUAUAUGUUGGUCUCUGCGGUAAUUGUUGGCUUGGUUCCUUAUUACUCAAUGGAUCCUGACACUCCUAUCUCUUCAGCAUUUGCUACUCAUGGAAUCAACUGGGCAGCAUAUAUAAUAACUGUUGGAGCUUGUACUGCUCUUUGCUCAACAUUGAUGGGUUCUAUGUUGCCUCAGCCUCGAAUCCUUAUGGCAAUGGCUCGUGAUGGAUUGCUUCCUUCAUUUUUUUCUGAUGUUAGCAAACAGACGCAAGUUCCUGUCAAAAGCACUGUUGUGACUGGCUUGCUUUCUGGAACUUUAGCGUUCUUCAUGGAUGUCGAUCAGUUGGCAGGAAUGGUCAGUGUUGGCACACUUCUUGCAUUUACAAUGGUGGCGAUUUCUGUGCUGAUACUCAGAUACGUUCCACCGGAUGUGGUUCCACUUCCUCCAUCUUUUCAGGAUGCAAUAGAUUCAGUAGCUGUGCAAUAUGGUUGUAGCAGUAAUAAUGGGAAAAUUGAAGUGGAGAAUCCUAAAGUUCACAUAUCCUCUUGUGAAAGCACUCCACUUUUAGUUUGCAAGCAGGGAGCCGCUGAACAUCCUCUAUUAGAGAAAUCAGAUGCAAAAUGUUGCUUUGUUGUAAAUGAGGAGAACAGAAGGAAAAUUGCUGGCUGGACCAUUAUGUUUACUUGUGUUGGUGUGCUUGUGCUUACAUAUGCUGCUUCAAAUUUGGGCCUCCCAAGUUAUCUUCGGUAUACAACCUGUGGAAUUGGUGGCGUUCUUCUUUUAUCUGGUCUGGUAGUUCUGACUUUCAUAGACCAAGAUGAAGCUAGACACAAUUUCGGGCACUCAGGAGGUUUCAUUUGCCCAUUUGUCCCGCUGCUACCAAUUGCCUGCAUUCUCAUCAACGCGUACUUGUUGAUUAAUCUUGGUUCUGCAACUUGGAUCCGAGUAUCAGUAUGGCUGUUCAUUGGAAUGGUUGUAUAUCUUUUCUACGGCCGUACGCACAGCACACUGCGGGAUGCAGUUUAUGUGCCUGUUGCCCAUGUUGAUCAAAUUUACCAAAGUUCGGCAGGGUUGCUGGCAUAGUGUCAUCCUAUGUGUCCUGAAUUGAAAUGGAAGAAUCUCAGAAAAGCUGAGAUAAUGGUAUUUUGGUCCAUGAUUUUAAAGCUCAAGCUUUAAACCAUGAAUUGCAGGGAAACUGUGUUCCUGCAUUGUAUAAAAGAAAGAAUUGUAUGUUUCAGAUAUCUGAAACAUUUUUGUUGUAUUCUUUAAAAUAAUAUAGUGUCAGCAUGUCGGUUACGUUCCUGAAGAAGGGGACGAACAGAAGCCAGAAGAAGCCAGAAACCGAAGAAAAGAAAUGCAUACGGGUAUACUCAAUAUUGUAGCACGAGUGAAGGAAUUCAAUGUUUAUCGACCACGUUUGUUGUCUGUAAAUUAGUGUGGAAUUCAUGAAUUAGUCGUUUAGGUUGCUGUACCAAAGGAUGUAAAUAUUGUGGAAAGUUGAACAAAUUGAAUUCUUAGGAGGACUCUUGAUGUAUUUCUUCCUUUAUAGCGUCUUUGUUCGCUAAGAUUACAAGCACACGUUCAAUGGACUUAUCCUGUUAUGAUCAAAA